CACCAUGUUAGUAUCUGAAGCGGGGUCUCUCGGAUCGUAGCUCAAAGGGGAAAUCGGGAGUCGAUUUAUUCCGGACUAACGAGGUCUAUAUGGAGAGGACUAGCUUAACGGAAGAGGUAUAUUGCCUAUCGAACGUAUGUGCGCAUACGCAGCUGAUUGAGUGCUUAAUCUACAAUAUGUGUGCACACGUCGACUAUAAGAAUCCUGACCUCGCUACUCGGGCCAACCAUUUAUCCGAUCGAUCCUUAUCACCACGACUACGGGCUUUUCCUCCACGCCAGGCCGCGGCUGAAUCCUUCGGAGGCUGGAAUUAACCCAGCAACACUGCAGCCUCUCACAUUUUAUCAAUCACUGAAUUUCAGGAUGGUUCUGCAGAAAGGCCGUUGCUUACUACACAAAAUAAAGGGGCAUUUCAAACACAAAAGGAGCCCCUUUUCAUCUCCUAUCGCCAAUUUACCCCCGGAACUGGUGCAAGUGAUUGCCACUUUUUUAGAUGCUCCAGAAUUUUGCUCCCUGCGACUGACCUGCAAAAGGGUCUAUGAGAGCACACUAAGAUAUUUUGGGCACUCUUAUCUUCGAACGGUGAAGACAGAUCUUUCUUUGAAUAAGUUGCAGACGCUGGAAAGCGUGUCCCAGAAUUCAAGUUUAGCGCCACUGGUCCAUAAGUUGGUAAUACAAGCACCAGACGAAGGUCUUGAUCUUCUUGGGCAUGGGAUUUUGUGGAGUCGACACCCUUCAGGUCAUAUUUCUAUGCCACAACAAGGAAUCCAACAGUGGCAAGAUGUACUCCAGCGUCUAGUCCACUGCAGGUCUUUCCAGUUGAUUCGCAAUAAUGCAUAUGAGACUGAUGAGCAGGGUAGCCUCCUGACUCCCAGUGAUGCCAUCACAAUGAUUUUCUGCAUCAUCAUUAACACAGGAAUACCUGUGGUGGCAUUUUCCCUGGAUUUUAGGCAAGGGGCAGGAGCAAACUACCUUGUCACUGAACGCAUCAAUGCAAACCUGCAGAAAUUGGAAUUCAUCACUGCAUGGUCCAAUCUUCAGGAGCUCAGUCUCAAUUUUGCAAUGGAACGAACAUUGAUUGUUGACUGGGCUUUCCAGCUCAUCCAACACGCAAAAAAUCUACAAAAGCUUCAAAUCGAUUUUGAUCUUGGCGACGAAACAGCUUCCUUUAUCAACCGCCUGUCAUAUACAGGUUGCCUGUCUCAUCUAAAAGAACUAACGCUUGAAUCUGUAUCAUCAGUAUCUGGUGAAUGCAUCAGGCGUUUCCUCCGCUAUCAUCAAAACCUCCGCAAACUUUCCCUUCAUGCUAUAUUCCUAGAUGCAGGAGAAUGUCUACCCAUUCUCAGAUUCCUACAGCAUGAAUUCUCUGCUCUUGAAGAAAUUAACAUUUUCAACCUAAGAGACGGACUCAAACUUGUUCAUUUUCCAGCAGUGUCAGAAAAUCCUAUUAUUGACGAGGCACAAGGCACCAAAUUCACCUUUGUUUCCACAAAAAAACGUGGGGAGAUGAGGAACAUCGGUAUUAGCUACUCAGGUCCGAGGAUGUAUAUUGCACUCCAGAAACUCGUGGACUGGGCACAAUUCUUGGGUUAUUAUCACUGAAAUUUGAUAUUCUCUUUGUUACUUUUUAACCACAUUAUAGUGAAUUGAACGUGCCAGAAAUGAGUAGCCUACUGAGGAAAUAGAUGCCUUCAGUCAAAUAUUUAAUGCAAAAUUAGAUACAUAACAAUCCCCCC